AUGGACGCCCUCUUAAAUACUCAUCAUUUAAAUUUAGAUGCUGAUGGUAAAAUUCAAACGCCUAUUAUACAAGCAUAUUCACCAGCAGCAUCAUUACAAUUACCAGACAAAUGGCGAGAGUAUCUUUCGUCAUCAGGCUAUGAUGAUCAAGCAGUGAUUGAUGGUGCUGCUGGCGGUGCUGGUGGUGGUCCUUUAGUUCUACUUCCCCUUGCGGAUGUCUUUACAGACGACUCAUCAUCAUCAUCAUCAUCAUCCUCAUUCACAACACUGUCUUCAUCAUCAUCAACAACACCAACAUUUUCAAUGCCCUAUAUUCUUUUGUCGAUUGUAACCUGUAUUACUAUUGUUGGUGUAUAUAUGUUAUAUGUCGAAAAUAAUGGACAUGUUGAAGUUGGUAAAAUAAAUGAUCGACAAGCUGAAGAAUUUAAAAAACAAAUGCAAGAAAAAUUACAAGAAAAACUUGAAUCAAUGAAAGAAAAUCUGGAACGUGUAUUACAGGCUAAAGUUGAAGGAACUAAAGCACCACUUGAAAAAGAUUUAGCUAAUGUUCAACAAAAUUUAGCUAAACUUGAAGAAGAUCGACAAGUAUUCCAAGAAAAAAUUCCUCAGAAAUUAAAUACAGCUGAAAUAGGUCGACAAGAACAAUUAGAUCGUUUAUUAAUAGAAAUAUUAGAUCGUUUAAUCGAAACAUUAGAGAAUAUAGUAAAAAAAAGUGAAGCUAUUAGAACUGUACCAAAAAGUGAUACAAUUUCAAUUGAAGAAAUUCAAUAA